AAAACGCGUGCACUUUGUUACAACAAACGCAUCCCUGUCACCCAGCUUUCUAGCAAUGCUUUUUCUCGGCCAGCAAUUGCAGAAGGACCUUAGCGCCUGAUUUUUCAGAAUCAGCAACCACGCACAAUCAGCCCGGCAGGCCAGCCCACUUCUCAGAUAUUUAAGCACCUCCCCCACCUCUCCUCCAACCAUUCUUUUCCACCAUCCACUCAACAACAAGCAUCAAUCUGUCCACACCCAACACAACACUUCCAUCCCCAACUUCAUCAUCAAAUAAGUCGCAUCCAUCAGGCAAACACAAUGGCCCGUACCAAGCAAACCGCCCGCAAGUCUACUGGUGGCAAGGCCCCUCGCAAGCAGCUCGCCUCUAAGGCUGCCCGCAAGUCCGCCCCGUCGACCGGUGGUGUCAAGAAGCCUCACCGCUACAAGCCCGGUACCGUCGCUCUCCGUGAGAUUCGUCGCUACCAGAAGUCGACUGAACUCCUGAUCCGCAAGUUGCCCUUCCAGCGCCUGGUCCGUGAGAUCGCCCAAGACUUCAAGUCCGACCUCCGCUUCCAGUCUUCCGCCAUCGGUGCUCUUCAGGAGUCGGUUGAGUCUUACCUUGUCUCCCUAUUCGAGGACACCAACCUGUGCGCCAUCCACGCCAAGCGUGUCACUAUCCAGUCGAAGGACAUCCAACUUGCCCGCCGCCUCCGUGGGGAGCGCAACUAAGCUGCUCUCAGUCGCUUUGAUUUUCGGGGGAUACUUCAUGAUACUCACUGGGAUGGUUUGACGAUAGGGUUUUCACAAAUGGCAAGGGUAAUCAUGGCGUUAUGAAAUGCGUUGAUUUUUUCUCCCCGGUGAGAAACAUGGUUGUACAUCAGUCAUAGGCGUCGGAACAAUAAUCCGCGUGAUUCUGAACAAAGGAAAUUUAUGAACAAACAUCACACUUGCGACGUGAAUUAAUCGAACACACUUGGAGUUGCUGUUGCCGGUUCAGUGUAGGUCAAGCAGCCAUUCUGAGGACGAUCUUGUGACCCUUCCCUUUCGCUGGGAUUCUGGAAUACAGCGACUGAUAUAAAUCCUUAGGUCUAGGGCUGAUGGACUAUGAUCAUGUUAUGCG